AUGGCCGAAAAGAAGACGGACGCCCCGGCAACCAAUAUGCUCUGGGGUGGGAGGUUUACAGGUGGGAUUGAUCCGCUUAUGCAUAAGUAUAACGCCUCCAUUGGAUAUGAUAAGGCUCUCUACAAGGAGGAUAUUCUUGGAUCGAUUGCUUUUGCCAGGGCCAACUCAAAAGUUGGCAUUAUUACCGAAGACGAAUUUAAGAUGAUCGAGCAUGGUCUGCUUGAAGUGAUGGAAGAAUGGAAGCAGGGAACCUUCGCUGUUAUGCCGAAUGACGAAGACAUUCAUACUGCAAACGAGCGUCGAUUGGGAGAGAUCAUCGGAAAAGACACCGCUGGCAAGCUACACACAGGUCGCAGCCGCAACGAGCAGGUCGUUUGUGAUAUGCGCAUGUGGCUGCGUGACCGCAUCCGUGAAAUCGACAGCCAACUCGUUGCUUUUCUUCGAGUCCUCACCAAACGCGCCGAGGCUGAAAUCGACUACCUCAUGCCCGGCUACACCCACUUACAACGCGCGCAGCCAGUUCGCUGGGGUCAGUGGAUCAUGUCACAUGCUGCUUCGUUCAAGCAGGAUCUCGAGCGAUUGCGUCAGGUCUUCGAAAGGGUCAACCUUAGCCCACUUGGUUGUGGCGCACUAGCUGGUAAUGUGUUUGGUAUCGAUCGAGACGCAAUAGCCGCAGAGCUUGGUUUCAGCGGAAUCACUCUGAACUCUAUGAACACUUCCGGCGACCGUGACUUCAUCAUCGAGUUCCUGACCUGGAACUCGAUGUUCACCAACCAUAUCAGCAGUCUAAUGCCGAAUAAGAAGAACGCCGACAGUUUGGAACUCUUGCGCGGCAAGUCGGGUCGUGCUUUCGGUCAAAUGGCUGGGCUGAUGAUGAGCGUGAAAGGCUUGCCAACUUGCUACAACAAGGACCUUCAGGAGGGAUGGGAACCCAUGCUUGAUUCGGUCCAAACUGUUUCGGACAGUCUGGGCAUCGCCAACGGGGUUAUCGCCACCAUGACGGUGCGGCCUGAGCGGAUGUUGGCUGCCCUGGAUAAGACGAUGCUUGCCACUGAUAUCGCGGAGUGGCUAGUGCGAAACGGAUACAAGCUAACCCUGGAGCAACUGCAAGCCAUCGAUUCUCGAUUCAAGGCGGAUAUUGCAGAGGCGUUCGAAUAUGAGUCGAGUGUUGAGGCGAAAUCGGCCAGGGGCGGUACUAGUCGAUCAGCCGUGCUGCAGCAGAUUCAGGAACUCCAUGCUAUCUUGGAUUAG